ACAACUCUUCCAAUCCAGCCUCAUAGUCCAUCACUUCCAUCAUAUCGUCCAAGACUAUCCAGGCAGAAAUCAAUGGUAUGCUUCAGGUCGCGUGACCUUCAAGAACCAAGCUCCCUAUCUAGUGGAGAGACAAAUCACAAGAUGCGAAUACGAGGAGUCGGGCAUCACUGAAUCAUAUCUUUUAUCGCUCAAGGUAUUAACCACAACUUGUCCCUAUGGUCGUAAGGACCAUCAAUCCAGUGUGACCUCAUGGCUACUUCCAACGCGCCCGCUGGGCAGUCAGAGACCAGACCAAAACUCUUCUAUGUCUCGUUGAACGACGAUGCUAAAUCGACCAUCAUCUUCAUGCAUGGACUGAUGAGCUGCCAUCUUGAAUACAGCUUGGUGGUCCCCUAUCUCAAAGACUACCAUCUUCUCCUAGUCGACCUCCCAGCCCACGCAGGGUCAAUCGACAUUAAACCAUUCAGCCUACCACUGGCGGCGGACCUCGUCGCCGACCUCAUUCGAGCACACGCCCAUGGAGGACGUGCUCACGUAGUUGGCCUCUCAAUGGGAGGAUUUACAGCUCUUGAGCUCGGCAAGUCCCACCCAGAGGUCGUUCAGUCUCUCUGGGUUACAGGAGCAGCACCGUUCGAAGGCUGGUUUAUAUGGAUGGCCCAACAUUCUGGCUUUGUAUACCACACCAUCAACAUACUGGUCAACUGGAUACCAACCUGGGCCAACCUCAAGAUCUCAACCUGGUCAGGUCUUCAAGUUUCUCCCGAACUGGUGGAUGCUCAGAGGAACAACCUGGAUAGGGACACGGUCAGGGAUGUGUAUACAAGUAUCUUGAACAUGACCUCGGAGGAAGUUGAAAAGAUCUCAGUGAGAACCUUGACGGUCGCGGGAGGUCGUCAGGAUCAAUUGGACGCUACGACCAAGAUGGGACAGGUUCUCAAGGUACAAAACCCUGCGAGCAAAGCCGUCGUUGUCAAGGAUGCAAUGCAUGCGUGGGAUCUACAGUUUCCAGAGCUUUUUGCAAAGGGCGUCAGGGCUUGGAUAGAGGAGGCGCCAUUGCCUGCUGAGUUUGUGGGCUUGUGAGAUCUACAGCUUAUAUAGCUACCUAGACUUAAUGUUUUAUACGAGUAUAUGUCCA